UUGCUCGGCGCUCGGAGAGCAAUGUGGUCUCCUGUGCCCGGUCUCCUGGAGAUCCGAUGGAGCUGACUCCAGUCCAUCUGUCGUCGUGCCCGCUUCCGCACCACCCCCUAACCAGCUGGACUCCCUCGUCUGCUGGGACCUGCCCCUGAGACCGCCCGGCGUUUUUGCUCUGCGAGAACUUCGUGGUGGUGGUGCGGGUCCCAGGCUGCGGACCCCGGAACUGAUGCUGUCCAGCCGGUUCCCUGGCGCUUAGGCUCAGCAGGCUGGGCCUGUCUCCGGAGGUUCUGGUCCUUCUGUUAAUCAGAGCUUGUCUCCCACCCCCGGUGUUUGCUAGGCUGUUGAUAACUCGAAAUGCAAAUCCACUGGUGUCCAGAAAUUUUUCUUUUGUUUGUUCAGAAGGGGGAAAUGGAGACACAGAGCGGAAAGGAGUAACUUCUAACACUAAUUUAUAGGACCCAAGUGUUUCUGAAACCUUCCACUACUUCCGCAGAACUCACUUGUGUCCAUUUGUUAGUGUGACUCGGGGUACAUACACUGUGUAGACCGCUGGGAAAAUGUGAGCAAGUUCCAGAGAACGCAGGGUUUGCCUUCAAGGAACUUAUUGUCCAGAUAACUUGAUUUAAAACAUCGUCCAGUGUACCUGAGAGAUGACAGAAUGUAAUUUGGUGGCAAUCCUCAUAAGUUCUAUUGACAACCCCUUAGAUAAGAACUUGGAUAAUGGGGGGAAUUCAUGCUUGGACUUUAAGCCACUGAACAGCUUUUCUCAGCCUCAGGUGCUGUUGGCAGCAGCGGUCUGCACAAAAGCAGGAAAGGCUAUUGUUUCUCGACAGUUUGUGGAAAUGACCCGAACUCGGAUUGAGGGCUUAUUAGCAGCUUUUCCAAAGCUCAUGAACACUGGAAAACAACAUACGUUUGUUGAAACAGAGAGUGUAAGAUAUGUCUACCAGCCUAUGGAGAAACUGUAUAUGGUACUGAUCACUACCAAAAACAGCAACAUUUUAGAAGAUUUGGAGACCCUAAGGCUCUUCUCAAGAGUGAUCCCUGAAUAUUGCCGAGCCUUAGAAGAGAAUGAAAUAUCUGAGCACUGUUUUGAUUUGAUUUUUGCUUUUGAUGAAAUUGUCGCGCUGGGAUACCGGGAGAAUGUUAACUUGGCACAGAUCAGAACCUUCACAGAAAUGGAUUCUCAUGAGGAGAAGGUGUUCAGAGCCGUCAGAGAGACUCAAGAACGUGAAGCUAAGGCUGAGAUGCGUCGUAAAGCAAAGGAAUUACAACAGGCCCGAAGAGAUGCAGAGAGACAGGGCAAAAAAGCACCAGGAUUUGGCGGAUUUGGCAGCUCUGCAGUAUCUGGAGGCAGCACAGCUGCCAUGAUCACAGAGACCAUCAUUGAAACUGAUAAACCAAAAGUGGCACCUGCACCAGCCAGGCCUUCAGGCCCCAGCAAGGCUUUAAAACUUGGAGCCAAAGGAAAGGAAGUAGAUAACUUUGUGGACAAAUUGAAAUCUGAAGGUGAAACCAUCAUGUCCUCUAGUAUGGGGAAGCGUACUUCUGAAGCAACCAAAAUGCAUUCUCCUCCCAUUAAUAUGGAAAGUGUACAUAUGAAAAUUGAAGAAAAGAUCACAUUAACCUGUGGACGAGACGGAGGAUUACAGAAUAUGGAGUUGCAUGGCAUGAUCAUGCUUAGGAUCUCAGAUGACAAGUAUGGCCGAAUUCGUCUUCAUGUGGAAAAUGAAGAUAAGAAAGGGGUGCAGCUACAGACCCAUCCAAAUGUGGAUAAAAAACUUUUCACUGCAGAGUCUCUAAUUGGCCUGAAGAAUCCAGAGAAGUCAUUUCCAGUCAACAGUGACGUAGGGGUGCUAAAGUGGAGACUACAAACCACAGAGGAAUCUUUUAUUCCACUGACAAUUAAUUGCUGGCCCUCGGAAAGUGGAAAUGGCUGUGAUGUCAACAUAGAAUAUGAACUACAAGAAGAUAAUUUAGAACUGAAUGAUGUGGUUAUCACCAUCCCACUCCCGUCUGGUGUCGGCGCGCCUGUUAUCGGUGAGAUUGAUGGGGAGUAUCGACAUGACAGUCGACGAAAUACCCUGGAGUGGUGCCUGCCUGUGAUUGAUGCCAAAAAUAAGAGUGGCAGCCUGGAGUUUAGCAUUGCUGGGCAGCCAAAUGACUUCUUCCCUGUUCAAGUUUCCUUUGUCUCCAAGAAAAAUUACUGUAACAUACAGGUUACCAAAGUGACCCAGGUAGAUGGAAACAGCCCUGUCAGGUUUUCCACAGAGACCACUUUCCUAGUGGAUAAGUAUGAAAUCCUGUAAUACCAAGAAGAGGGAGCUGAAAAGGAAAAUUUUCAGAUUAAUAAAGAAGAUGCCAACGAUGGCUGAAGAGUUUUUCCCAAAUUUACAAGCCAUUGGAGACCCCUUUUUUCUGAUACAAUGCACGAUUCUCUGCGCGCAAGGAACCUCGACUCAACCCCAUGUUUCAGUGUCACAGAGACAUUCUUUGAUAAAGAAAUGGCACAAACAUAAAGGGAAAGGCUGCUAAUUUUCUUUGGCAGAUUUUAUUGGCUAGCAGGAAAGCAAGCUCUCCAGAGAAUGCCCCCAGUUAAAUACCUCCUCUGCCUUUACCUAAGUUGCUCCUUUAUUUUUAUUUUAUUGAGAUGGAAUCUCGCCUUGUCACCCAGGCUGGAAUGCAGUGGCGUGAUCUCAGCUCACUGCAACCUCCGCCUCCUGGGUUCAAGCAAGUCUCCUGCCUCAGCCUCCAAGUAGCUGAGACUACAGGUGCAUGCCACCACGCCUGGCUAAUUUUUUGUAUUUUAGCAGAGACGGGGUUUCACCGUGUUGCCCAGGCUGGUCAAGAACUCCUGAGCUCAGGCAAUCCGCCCACCUUGGCCUCCCAAAGUGCUGGGAUUACAGGCAUGAGCCACCGUGCCCAGCUGCUCGUUUAUUUUAAUACCUAAAUAUAAUCCCUAAAUAUAGUUAUAUUUCAUACUUAGUUUGUUUUUAAAAAGUUUUCUCUGUAAAAGAUUUUAAUCUUUCAUACCCUUUACCUUUAGGUUUUUCUUUCUAUACAUUCAGUCAGGCACUGGGAUCAUCUGUUUACAGGCAUUAUAUUUAUUUGGCACUCCUGGAACAAGUAUAUCUAACCCAUUCUUGAUUUUUGGACUAUUCAGGUGAACUGUUCGAGGGGUAUGGGGUCUAGAAGUUAAAAGAUAAGCAUGUCUUCUGCCCUUUUCCCAUAUCCAUUCAUUCCUUCAUCUCUUUGCCAAGUUGUUUUCCUUUCAGGGCCUGUCCUUCCAGUUUAGAACAGUACCAUGAAUCCCACUUGUGUCAAUAUUAAAGAUAGCUGAGAAGCACCUUUCAAAUGGCACAGUCCCUCUUCAGGAUGUCUAAAAGAAUGGUUAUGUCUGUCCAGUUAGGGAUUUCACAUCCACAUGUAAUCAUGUCUGCUGCUGUUGCUACCCAAAUUUUCAGUUCUCCACAUUUUGGGUACUUAAGCUAAAACGUAAUGGCCACAGUCUUUGUAAUCCAUUCACAUUCCUCAGUCUCACCACCUCCCUCUUCCAGACCGUACUCUCUGUCAUCAGUCCCCUCCUUUCUAACAGAAAUGGGGUUAUGAUUUUGAAUGCUGUGGCUUCAGGGAGUCUUUGUGCCAAUCCUGCUGGCCCUAAACUAUCAAGGAGGCUCCAUUUCACCAUUUGAUUUUUUGCAUUUCAGAAGGCAACUGAUUAUUUUGGUAUGUACAGAUUACUCACAUAUACCCCGUUUCCUUCCAGUCAGCCCAACAUUUUCCACCAGUCUGUCUGUCCCCAUCUCUGAAAUCCUUCUCUUCCCCCUAAGUCUUUUGAGUGUCAUCAUGUACUGGUGGUUUCUCGGUUCCAUCUCAUCCAUUUCCUUUUCAAUGGAGACUACAGCAUCAGCCAGCUCAGCCUUGGCUUUUAACUCAGUAUUCCAGUCCAUAGGGGUGGUGAAAAGUUGCUGCAAGGCUGCAGGCACUGGCAGUGGGAAGAGGCAGACGACUAGAUGAUUUCUGCACUUUUAGCUGGUUGAAAAGUACCACUCCCACUCUGAACAUCUGGCCGUCCCUGCAAAGAGUGUACUGUGCUUCAAGCAGAGCACUCAAACAUAAAUGGCAGUGUGUGGAAUUGCUUGCCAAAGAAGUUUCUAGCCUUUCCCUUUCCCCUAACUGCAUCAGGGAAGAAUUCUUAUCUCUAGCUUGGUUUCCACGUGAGGUUUUUCUGAGAAGGGCCUGGGACAAGAAGUCUGUCAUGUAGUUAAGCAGGCAAGAAAUCCUACUAAUCCAGUUUUGUUUGAAAGUUGUUUGUCCAUAUGAUUUUUUAAAAGUCAAGUUUAAUUUCAAAAAACCCUUUUUUUCUGAGAUUACUUUUGGGGUAAUAUUUAAAAUGAGAGACAUUUUGUAACCCUGUAAAAUACAUAGGGAAUAUAACAUUCCAGUGUAUACAAACAAGGCAAAUUCUUUAAUCAAAUAAAGAGCAUUAUAAAAUGA